AUGGCUUCCGACGACGGAGAUAUCCACCUGAGAUGGAUGCAGGCUGCUAUGGACAUGGCAGAAGAAGCGCUCGAAGCGAAAGAGGUUCCUGUAGGCUGCGUCUUCGUUCGGGGCGAUAAAAUCAUCGCGAGAGCCCGCAAUCGGACAAACCAGCUGCGGAACGCAACACGUCACGCUGAGCUUGAGGCCAUCGAUGAGAUUUUGGCUAACAAGGAACUCACCCCGGUCGUUACCCAGUACCCGCUCUCAGACACAACGCUCUACGUGACCGUCGAGCCGUGUAUCAUGUGUGCAUCUGCGCUCCGGCAGAUGGGUAUCAAGGAGGUCUACUACGGCUGCGAUAAUGCUCGCUUUGGUGGCUGUGGGAGCGUACUCGGUGUUCACAGCGUGCUCCCGCAUCCCAAACAUGAAGGAUACGACGCACAUGGCGGAUAUCUGAGGGAUGAAGCGAUCAUGAUCCUCCGACGGUUCUAUAUCACGGAGAAUACAAACGCCCCUGUUCCCAAAUCCAAAGCAAACCGCGUGCUGAAAACCGAGAUCCCGUCUCGCUCCUCGCCGAGACCGCAAUCCUGA